CCCAUGCUUGCGGUGGGCCCUGCCAUGGAUGGGGACUGCCCCCAGCGAGAGCCCCCGCCUGUGAGCAGCAUCCCGUACGGCCGGCCCCCCUGCGGCUCCAGUGCUGAGAACGCAAUGCUGCACUGCGCCUGGUGGAAUGGCUACUUCCCAUCGGCGCCCUACCCAGCCUUCUCCAGUGAGAGCCACCAGCUUGGGCUCCCCGCCUCCUACCUGUACCCAGCCGUGGGCGGCCAGCCCUGCCCAGACACCAGCUACAUUCCCACGGUCUCCACCUAUGGCCCCAGCUUCCUACCAAAGAGCAGCGACUUUCCUCAGGACUCCUCGUGCCUCGACAACAUCUCCAAUGCCUCCAUCUUAUCGUCGUCCGUGGACUCCCUGUCGGACAUCGCAGACACUCCCGACUUCCUGCCAGCCGACAGCCUCAGCCAGGUGCCCACCAUCUGGGACGUGAACACUGCCUCGUCCACCCAAGACAAGCUCUUCCUGCCUAGCGGGCCAUUCCCAGGCCUCGAAGACCCUGUGUCCUCCCUCCCUGCCACCCCACUUCUCAUCAGCUACCAGUCACAGAGCCAGCCAGAGGAAGAGGACGAGGCUGAGGAGGAGGAAGCCGAAGAGCUGGGCCACACGGAAACCUAUGCCGACUACGUGCCCUCCAAGUCCAAGAUUGGAAAGCACCAUCCGGACCGCGUGGUGGAGACCAGCACCCUGUCGAGUGUGCCACCACCCGACGUCACCUACACACUGUCCCUGCCUGCCUCAGCCUUGGACAAUGGGGCGCUGUCCGCCCUGCAGCUGGAGGCCAUCACCUACGCCUGCCAGCAACAUGAGGUCCUGCUCCCCAGUGGUCAGCGGGCCGGCUUCCUCAUCGGGGACGGGGCUGGCGUGGGCAAGGGCCGCACAGUGGCCGGUAUCAUCUUUGAGAACUACCUGAGAGGCAGGAAGAAGUCGCUGUGGUUCAGUGUCUCCAAUGAUCUGAAGUACGAUGCAGAGCGCGACCUGCGGGACAUUGAGGCCCCUGGCAUUGCCGUGCACGCGCUGAGCAAGAUCAAGUAUGGCGACAACACUACCUCAGAGGGCGUCCUCUUCGCCACCUACUCUGCGCUCAUCGGGGAGAGCCAGGCUGGCGGGCAGCACCGCACGCGCAUCCGCCAGAUCCUCGAGUGGUGUGGGCCCGCCUUCGACGGCGUGAUUAUAUUUGAUGAGUGCCACAAAGCCAAAAACGCCAGCUCCACCAAGAUGGGCAAGGCCGUCCUGGACCUGCAGAACAAGCUGCCCCUGGCCAGGGUCGUCUACGCCAGUGCCACAGGUGCCUCUGAGCCACGGAACAUGAUCUACAUGAGUCGCCUGGGCAUCUGGGGGGAAGGCACACCCUUCCGCACCUUCGAGGAGUUCCUGCACGCCAUUGAGAAGAGAGGUGUGGGCGCCAUGGAGAUUGUGGCCAUGGACAUGAAGGUCAGUGGGAUGUACAUCGCACGCCAGCUCAGCUUCUCUGGAGUCACCUUCCGCAUCGAGGAGAUCCCACUGGCCCCAGCCUUUGAGCGCAUCUACAACCGUGCAGCUCUGCUGUGGGCCGAGGCCCUAGGCGUGUUCCAGCAGGCAGCCGACUGGAUUGGCCUGGAGUCUCGCAAGUCUCUGUGGGGCCAGUUCUGGUCGGCCCACCAGCGCUUCUUCAAGUACUUGUGCAUCGCCGCCAAGGUGCGCCGCCUGGUGGAGCUGGCGCGCGAGGAGCUCGCCCGCGACAAGUGCGUGGUCAUCGGGCUGCAGUCCACGGGCGAGGCGCGCACCCGCGAGGUGCUGGAUGAGAACGACGGGCGCCUUGACUGCUUCGUCUCAGCCGCCGAGGGCGUCUUUCUGUCGCUCAUUCAGAAGCACUUCCCUUCAACCAAAAGAAAGCGGGACAGAGCCGCAGGCCCUAAGAGAAAACGGCGGCCACGGUGUCGUGGGGCCAAGGCUUCCCGGCUGAUGUGCGAGGCAGCAGGUGUGAUCCGUAUCAGCGACGACAGCAGCACUGAGUCAGAGGCCGGCCUGGACAGCGACUCCAACUCCUCCCCAGAGUCCCUGGUCGACGACGACGUGGUCAUCGUGGGCACCGUCGGGCUCCCUGUUGACGACCGGGGCUCCCUCGGCCCCUUGCAGCGGGAUGCACAGGGCCCAGCUGUGCUGGAGGUGGUGGAACGGCUGAAGCAGGACCUGCUGGCCAAGGUGCGAGACUUGGGUCGGGAACUGCCUGUCAACACUCUGGAUGAACUCAUCGACCAGCUCGGGGGACCUGAACGGGUGGCAGAGAUGACGGGCAGGAAAGGCCGUGUGGUGUCCAGAGCCGACGGCACCGUGGCCUUUGAGUCACGGGCGGAACAGGGAUUGUCCAUCGACCAUGUGAACCUCAGGGAGAAGGAGCGCUUCAUGAGCGGCGAGAAGCUCGUGGCCAUCAUCUCCGAAGCCUCGAGCUCAGGCGUCUCCCUCCAAGCGGACCGCCGGGUGCAGAACCAGAAGCGGCGGGUCCACAUGACGCUGGAGCUGCCCUGGAGCGCCGACCGUGCAAUACAGCAGUUUGGCCGGACCCACCGGUCCAACCAGGUUUCAGCACCCGAGUAUGUCUUCCUCAUCUCGGAGCUGGCCGGGGAGCGGAGAUUCGCUUCCAUCGUGGCCAAGCGCCUGGAGAGCCUGGGGGCUCUCACCCACGGAGACCGCCGUGCCACCGAGUCCCGGGACCUGAGCAAGUACAACUUCGAGAACAAGUACGGCGCCCGGGCCCUGCACUGCGUCCUUACCACCAUCCUGAGCCAGACUGAGAACAAGGUGCCCCUGCCCCAGGGCUACCCUGGAGGGGAUGCAGCUUUUUUCCGGGACAUGAAGCAAGGCCUGCUGUCGGUCGGCAUCAGUGGCCGGGAGUCCCGCUCUGGCUGCCUGGACGUGGAGAAGGAUUGCUCCAUUACCAAGUUCCUGAACCGCAUCCUGGGCCUGGAGGUGCACAAGCAGAACGCGCUGUUCCAGUACUUCUCGGACACGUUUGACCACCUCAUCGAAGUGGACAAGAAGGAGGGCAAAUACGACAUGGGCAUCCUGGACCUGGCCCCAGGAGUGGACGAGAUCUAUGAGGAGAGCCAGCAGGUGUUCCUCACACCCGGGCACCCCCAAGACGGCCAGGUGGUCUUCUAUAAGAUCAGCGUGGACCGUGGCCUUCGUUGGGAGGAGGCGCUCGCCAAGUCGCUGGAACUGACAGGCGCCUAUGAUGGCUUCUACCUCUCUUACAAGGUACGUGGCAACAAGACCAGCUGCCUCCUGGCGGAGCAGAACCGAGGCAAGUACUUCACUGUGUACAAGCCCAACAUCGGCCGGCAGAGCCAGCUGGAAACCCUGGACAGCCUGUGCCGCAAGUUCCACCGGGUCACGGCGGAGGAGGCCCAGGAGCACUGGGAGAAUAGCUACGUCUUCUCGCUAACACACUGCAGCCACACAGCCUGGAACCGGCACUGCCGGCUCGCACAGGACGGCAAGGACUGCCUGCAGGGCCUGCGCCUGCGCCACCACUACAUGCUGUGCGGGGCGCUGCUGCGCGUGUGGGGCCGCAUAGCCGCAGUCAUGGCGGAGAUCACCAGCAGCAGCUACCUGCAGAUCGUGCGGCUCAAGACCAAGGACCAGAAGAAGCAAGUCGGCAUCAAGGUGCCCGAGAGCUGCGUGCGCCGCGUGCUGCAGGAGCUGCAGCUGAUGGACGCAGACGUGAAGCGUAAGCGCAAGCGCAGCCUGAGCCUUCUCGCGCCUCCGCCGCCCACCCAGCGGCCGCUCGCGCUGCCCUGCGGCCCCGGUGAGGUGCUGGACCUGACCUACAGCCCGCCGGCCGGCCCUCUCCUACCUGCCCCGCACUUCGCCUUCCCGCCGCUGCCCGCGGAGCUGCCGCCGCCCGCCGGGCCCAGCUUACUACUGGGCGCGCCAGAGCCCGGGGCGCUCCCAGACCCCCGCGAUCUGCUGCACCGGAGUUGUGACAUCAACUUCAAGGAGGUGCUGGAGGACAUGCUGCGCUCCCUGCAAACUGUCCCGGCCCCUGAGCCCCCUGGCCCACCGGGAGGCGCUGGCGCCGCGGGGGGCGGUGGGGGGCCAGAGCGGCAGAGUGUCAUCCACUUUGGGCCACCCUUCCACAACUCUUAG